UUGACUUUAUUUGCAGCCGGAACUCUGUUGCGGACGACCGGACGGAAGCAAACGAGUAGUAGUACAGGAUGUUGUUGUCGACUGAGAGGACCGUACAGGAAAUGGAUGCGAGUACCGCAAACACUCCACCGAAGACGAGCCGAUUUCCCGUCGGGGCAAUGUCGAGCUGUUCACCCGCUGGGUCUGACUCGGGUGCCGAGUUCAGCGACGAUGCUAUGUCCGUGGACUCCACCGCGCUGUUGCAAUCCUCUGAUUUAUCUUCGUCGCCAUUGCUGAACAUUGACAGUAAGGAGAAAAUGAGUGCUUCGGCAGGGGGAAAAGCAGCCCGUUCUAAACAUCUCGGAGUGGCCCACCGUCUCCUCAACCACGCGGACAUCACCCGCAACCCAUCUAAGAUUCUGACCGAGGAGGAGAUGCACUAUCUACGGCUGAAGAUCAACAGCCGUGAACGCAAACGGAUGCACGAUCUGAACACGGCAUUGGACGGACUUAGAGAAGUCAUGCCGUACGCACACGGACCGUCCGUUCGUAAACUUUCCAAGAUCGCCACCCUCCUCCUUGCCAAGAACUAUAUAUUGAUGCUCUCCAGCAGUCUCGAAGAUAUGCGUAGGCUUUUGGGGGAGGUGUACCAAGGGUCGCACCCACCACAAAUACCCACCGGACAAUCAAGCGUGGGGCUCGGGUCAUCGCCAACGCUGCCCCCGUCCCCAACCCGCUCGGCUUACUUCCCAGCGUCUUCUACACCCCUUGCCCCCGUGCCGAAGACUCUCUUGCUUUCGACACCUCUUUGCUCGACGACCCAACACUCAGCCCCCGAGAAAAACGCCUCAUCACAACCCAGCUCGACGGUGUUCAGGACAUUUGGGGAGUCCCCGGUUGAACGACACGGAAUCUCGUCUUUGCCCGGCCGACCACCCUUGCCGACAGCGCCAAGUUUCGGCCUUUACAACGGCUGGUCUAUGCCGUGCUCCUGUGCCCAGUGCAAGGCUAAUCCCAACGGCAGCUUGUCGGCACAGCACCGCGGUUUACACGGAGUGUCGGCAUUUUCUGCCACAGAACUGAUCAGACCAACAAAGUGAACUUUGUACCUGAAACCUGUUAAUAUUAUUUUCCAUAACUUUUGUAUUUUAAUAAUAAUUACAAUCCAUACACCUCAUGCGAUUGUAUUUUUGUAACAGUUGACAUAGUUGUUCCUUUACAAAGAUGUAGAAGUCUGUAUCAUUUUGAGCGGCUGUGAUGUGUACACGAAAAUACACGAAAGAUUGGAAUGUAUUGUGAAAAGUAUAGUGUGAGGGUCAUUUCAUUAUGUUGAGAUUCCUUUAAAAUUUACCCAGUCUGGUUGUAAGGUCUUGGGGAAACUGAUGGCAAUUUAGUGUUUCCUCGGUAAUGUGAAAACUUUCAAAAUAAAUAUUGGACUAAUAAUCAUAGGCCUACCCUAAUUCAUUGGAACCAUGCACUUAAAGGCAGUGGACACUAUUGGUAAUUACUCAAAAUAAUUAUCAGCAUAAAA